AUGUCUACAUCGAUCAGCGAAAAGACUGCUUCGAACCAUGAGGAGCAUCAGUACCUCGACCUCGUGCGCGAGAUUCUAGACCAGGGAGAGCACCGACCAGACCGAACUGGCACGGGCACAUACUCGAUAUUCGCCCCGCGGCCGCUGAAGUUUUCUCUGAAUACCGACGGCCGCCCUAUUCUACCAUUAUUGACCACAAAGCGAGUUUUCCACCGCGCCAUAAUUGCCGAACUACUAUGGUUCAUUAAAGGAGACACGUCGUCUCUUUCAUUAAGCGACGUUGGAGUCAAGAUCUGGGAUGGCAACGGGUCGCGCGAAUUCCUCGAUAACCUAGGCCUCACAGACCGGGCUGUCGGCGACUUGGGUCCUGUGUAUGGAUUCCAGUGGCGGCAUUUCGGCGCCGAGUAUGUGGAUGCCCAGACCGAUUACACGGGGCAGGGCGUCGAUCAACUCGCCAAUAUUAUUCAUAAACUACGAACGAAUCCGUUUGACCGUAGGCUGAUCCUGAGUGCCUGGAAUCCACGGGAUCUGACCAAGAUGGUUUUGCCGCCUUGCCACAUGUUUGCCCAGUUUUAUGUGUCGUAUCCGAGACAAAAAGGAUCCGUACAGAAUGGGGAUGAAAACAACAAGCCAAAGGGCCAUUUGCACUGCCAACUAUACCAGAGGUCUUGUGAUAUGGGCCUCGGCGUUCCUUUCAACAUUGCAAGCUACGCCUUGUUGACACACAUGAUCGCGCAUGUAUGUGAGCUCGUGCCAGGGAGCUUAACUCAUGUCAUGGGCGAUGCACACGUCUACGUUGAUCACGUCGAUGCGCUCAAGACACAGCUGGAACGCGAGCCGCGCAGCUUUCCUGACUUGGAAAUCACGCGAGAGCAGGGAGGCAGCAUCGAUGGCUGGAAGCCGGAGGAUUUUGUGAUCAAUGGAUAUGACCCGCACAAGUCUAUUCCAAUGAAAAUGUCUAUUACAUGUUGUUCUUUAACCACGAGAAUGGCUCCGAUCCGGCGAUAUCUACGAAUCAGCAAAUACUCCGUCUUGGAAUGUCGAAUAUUCCUCGAGAACCCGUCCGACACACGAUGGCUGUUAGAUUCUUCACGCGAUAACGCAGUCUUGCCGCGAAUCUUUGAGACGAUCAAGCCGUUGGUGCUACCGAAGCUCCGUGAGGAGAAUGAGCGUGCGUUGGCGAAGAAGAAGAGUAACCCGGUGAAGGAUGUUCUAGUGGAGGAUGAUUUCGAAGUCGCCAUCUUUCUCCGCGAGUCGGGAACGCGGCAUUCUCUUUUGACGAAACAGAAAACGUUUAAAAAGAAAGAGAGAACUACAAGCAACUCGAACAAGCUCAUUGAAACAAACACGCACGACGAGAUCCUAGUCGAGAGCGAUGACGAGACGGAUGUUCCGAUGAGCAAUAUACCCACGGCGACUGAAGAGGUGGACGAGGCAGAACAUAAUGAUGAUGGCGAAGACACAGAAGAUAAAAAGUUUCGGCUCACGACUACUUACGAAGGAUUCAGCAUCUGGGGAUGGGUUCUCUGUCUGCUCGUCACCCGCAAAGGGACCAAGGCCGUAUCGGCUACGGCGGCUUCCACGGGAUCGGGACAGGCGUUAAUGGAGGAAUGGAUAGGGACGCAAGUACAAGCGGAUCUUGACGAAGACUGA